AUUAGUAUUAGACUUAAUCAAGCACUUACAAUAAUUACUUGAUCUUGUUUCAAAACAAAAACAAUUUUGUCCUCAAUAUUUACUCCUCAAAAAUGCGUCUCCUUGCCAAUACUCCACUCCCUCUAAUCCUCCUUUACAAACUCCUGGGGAUUAUCCAAUUCCCUCUCAACUCCGAUUCCUCUUUCAUCUCCCGUUUCUGGUGCCUCCCUUUCUACUCCUACUUCUUCUACAUCUCCUACAUCUACACAACCUACACCCGAAACCUCACAGGAAUGUUCAAAUACAUCGACCAAAUGGCCGGUUACACCGGCUUUCUCGCAAUGUUAACCUCAAUGGUAAUGUUUUACAAACGCAGCAACGACUUAAAAACCCUCCUAAGAACCCUGGAACCUCUCCAAAUCAACUCAAUCAGAACCAAAACCACCAACACGCACCAAUGGGUGAGGAGUGGAUUAUUUGCCUCAAUCACCAGCAAUAUUUUAUUUUACCCGUUUUUACCAAGCGAUGUGAGUUACUAUUUCUUCUGUUUUCUCCCCCUGGUGGUCAACGCCUUGGACCACCUCUUCCUCAGCGACAUCCUCGACGACAUCUCCACCAAAUUCGACCAAAUCAACCAGAAUUUUCAACGCCAGAUCAAAUCCGUUGAUCUCUUUGUCAUCUUUCCUCUGACGAAAAUCGAAAAAGUGAAGAACUUGAAGCAAGACGAAGUCACUUUCAACAUGCAAAAAAUCCAAGAAUUGUCACAUUUGCACUACAAACUGGUCAGAUUGACGGUCAAAAUCAGCGGUUUGUUUGAAAUCACCACAAUCACGGGCAUGAUCAUGUGGUUUGGUUACGUCAUUGACACGAUGUAUCUCUUCAUCCACAUCAGGUCAAGGCAUGAAGACACCAACUCGCUUAUUGUCAUCUACACUUUCAAUAUUUUUUUCCUUUUCUUCUGCUUCUAUUGGUUUCUGGUGAUGGUGGCAAUGUUUAGUCGGACCCAAAGACAUGCCAACAAAACGGCCACUUUUGUGCACGAUAUUUGGAACAAAUAUGCGUUGAAGAAUGAGGUGGAUAAGAGAGUGCGACACUUGCAAUUGGUCGCGAUUAGACUCCUCAACACCAGAUUACAGUUCACUGCGAAGGAUUUUUUUCAACUAGAUUGGACGUUUUGCCAUAUGAUGAUUGCGGCCCUGACCACUUACUUAGUUAUAUUGAUCCAGUUCAAUUUUUAAUCACUUAGAAAUAAAGUUAUUAGAGGAAUUA